UCUCUGUCGGCCGGAGGAGAGGCGGUCCGCGGCCGCGGCUUGCGCCCCAAUGCUGGCGCGAUUUUCACCGCGCUUCCACGCGAAUCAUUACACGGAGAUAUCGCUCGUUUCCGAACACAUUCGCAAGUUUCCGCGCCGCGCUCGCGACCGCUCGUUCUCAUUUCAAAUCCACGUUCCAUAUUCAGAUUUCAUUUUUUUUUUAUUAGUGCUGCCAAUUGUGCUAAUUCGACUGUUGCCACAAUAGUGAUGUACUGACUCGACUAUUGUAUCGGAAUUCAUUAACGUGGAUAGUGUAAUUGAUAAGGCCAGGUGUAUUUAAACGAAGAUUGAAUUACUCAAAUUGCAAAACAAUAAGCUAACGCUAAAUAAAUUAACGAACUUUUGGUCCAUAACAAUGGGCCGGAUUACCAGAAAUCGAAUUACCGGCAUGAAUAGUAAUUUAUUAUAAUCAGACGCAUGAUGACAAGGGCAGUGCACAUUUGAAUAUUUAAACGGAUUCCUAAAACAAACAAAAGUGAUUGGAUGAUAAGCAAGAGAAAAUGGCGAGAUAAGCCGUCGGGGUUAGCGCGCGAAUUUAAUUGAAAUGUCAUCGAGCAGAUGAAAUGAAGACUUCGCUCGAAUGCGAGCGCGCCGAGACCGCCGAAAGCGGCGGGAAAGGCCGUAUAUCCUUUAGCGUGGACUCCUUGCUGCGGGGGAAGGAAGACGCGCCCGUGAAGGACCCUGUUGGGGAUACUAACAGUAAUGACGCAGAGAGCACGGACGCCGCUCCAGAGAGCGAUGAAAGCGACGUGGACAUUGAGGACGUGGAGUCGACGGCGGACGAGCGCGAGGAGAGAGAGCACCAUGAUGGAGAGGAGAUGGAGUCGCGAGGAGGAGUGGUGGUGCCGCAGCCGCUGCUGCCGCGUCUGUACCAGGGCCCGCCGCACCACUCCUGGCCGUUUGGAGCCUUUCCGUGGAUGGCGCCCAACCCUAUGUUUAGAGGGGGAUCUCCUAACAGUGCGCCAAGCGGUCCUCCGGUGGUCCGCUGCCAGCUCCGCAAACACAAGCCGAACCGCAAGCCUCGGACGCCGUUCACCACGCAACAACUCCUGGCUUUGGAGAAGAAGUUCAGAGAUAAACAGUAUCUGAGCAUCGCGGAGAGAGCCGAGUUCUCUUCUUCGCUUAGACUUACUGAGACACAGGUAAAAAUAUGGUUCCAAAAUCGUCGAGCAAAAGCGAAAAGAUUGCAAGAGGCCGAGAUAGAAAAACUAAGACUAUCCGCGCGGCCUCUCCUGCCUCCCUCCUUCGCGCUAUUUGGAGGUGGAGGGGCGCCUCCACUCUUCGCAGCCAUGGCAGCCGCCUCCAGACCUCAGCUGAGCUUCCUCGGAGGUCCUCCGAGCCACCAGCACGCGAUAAACAUGAAUAUACUGAAUUCUCUUCAGCCACAUUGACGAAUGGAUCCCGCGGCAUCGCGCGAAGCGAACGAUCAGCCGCCAUCUUGAAACUGUGUUCGAAAUUUAAAUUGAAAGGGCCUAUUCUCGCAGUGUUUUGUUUAUUGUUGGAUAUUUUCAAUCGGCCAUUGUAGUGGAGUCGCUUUCUUUCCCACUCUUGCAAAUUGUUUGCCUGUUUUUUACCGCGAGAUGUAAUUUGUAUCGUUAUUAACCCGGUGAAGAAUUUCGCGAUGUAAAUUACUACUCUUAGUAUAAAAUACAUAACCAAGCUAUUUCCUACACAGUUUCUGAUAAUGUUAUUUCUGAUAGCUACGGUAGUGAGAAUAAGGUCGGCCGCAGUCGGAUACCAGUGUUCAAGGAUCGAAAUAUUUAAAAAGUGAAUCAAGGACAAAGACAAUUUUUAAAAAUAAAAUAAAUGUGUUCCAAUUUCAAAAUAAACUGUUCAUUGUGUGUUAUACCAGAUAUAAGGGCUCGGACACACCAAUAUUACUGAAGUUUUAGAUAAUAAGUCACAGCGUAUUGUAAAAAGUUUUUAUUCAACUGUUAAAACGAAUUUGAGUGUAUAACUUCUUGUAGAAAAUGUUUUGAUCACUCAUACAUAUAGGUAACUACCUACACAAUAUGCAAAACUCUCUAUAAGUGCAAUUUCUCAAAAUACUAAUAAUUAUAUUACUGGAUAGUAAAUUGUAAAUAAGUUUAAGUGUCAAUUUAUUUAAAUGUUAAAUAAGUAAGUUACUGAAUGUUUCUGAAUCAGUUCUCAGGAAAUAUUUUACUUUUAAGACUUUCCAAUUAGCUUCUACACAUUAAAACCAAUUAUUCCUAUUCUAAGAUAAGUGUUUUGUUACUACGUUUAUAAAAACCAACUUAAAAUAAAUCCUUUUUUAUCUAUAGCAGCAUACCUAAUAGACUUUUUUCAAUUUUUUAUUAUUGUCACCGAUUUUGACAUAUAGCUGUCAAAGCAAGGAUUGGAUUGCCAGUAGUGAAAAGCAUUUAUUUUCAUUAUUACAUAUUGCAACCCACACUUUCUCAUACCCACACGGAUGUCAACUAAAAGGUUUCUGUACUUAAUAAUUAUGUUUAAGUAAGUUUUACUGAUGUGCAAAUAGUAAUGUAAAUAAUAUUUAAAUAAAUUAUUGUAUACGUAAGAUCGACUACAUAUUAUUAUGUAUUACUUAAGUGUAUUUCUAAAGCAUUAGAUUUUUUAAAUGAAUCACUGAUCAUAGAUAUUGUGGACAUAACUUUUUUUAGAGAAUUUGUACUGGAUACGGCAAAAUAACAUAACUAGGUACUUAACAAUUCUGUUGAAUACAUGUGAUAGUUUCAAUUCAAUUCCGAACCUAAAGAGUUAUACAUAGAGACGACAGCACAUCAACCUACCUCAAUCUGUCAAAUUUCUUCAAUUGAUUUUCAACCUUAUCACAAUAGUGGAAGGUUCAUUUCGAUUGGUAAAAUUUGACAGAUCCUGGUAGGUUGACCUGCUAAAGUCUGAAAAUAAACUAUCUUCGUGAAAUUAUAGACAAUUUUAAAUUACAACAUCAUGGCGUCUUUAAUGGCGCGAAAAAAAUACUUCAGAUGUCGUAUCCGAUAUAAAUCUUCUAUUUUACUACUGCUAAGCCAUAGUUUUAUCACCAUAAGAAGUACUUGAAAGAGUUAUUUUUAAUCGCUUUUGUGUCAUAUUAAUUAAAAACGUGCUUAUUUAUUACUUUUUUUAUUUGUUCGUUGAAUUGUUAUGAGCAACGGUGAUAACAAUAGACAAUUUAAAUAGAACAUGGUGGUGUUAAAAUUUAUAGAAAGGUUAAUACACAUAAAUAACUUAAAAAAUAAAUAUUGAAAUAUGUACGAUAAUAAAGAGUGGACAGCUAUUUAAUUUUCUAUAAUUUUAAUUGGUGCAGUUUUUAACCUUGUUGAUGACGCUGUAAGUACCUAUUCAAGUUAUUAAGAAAUAAAUCGUUGCUCAUAACAAACAAUAUUGUCACUAUCUUGUAUAAAAAUAGUAAAAGUAAUAAUGUUUCUGGAAUAAUUUCGUUCUAUGUUAUAAUCGCCUUUAAUAGAUACCUACCUAAAAUAGGAGUGGACUAUCAAACAUUUGUAAAUUAUUGAUUAAAUUAUAAAUUCGUUAUUAGUACAAUAA